AUGCUGCAAGAAUUGCAGAACACUUUUGUUAACGAAGUAGAAGUAAUCAGGGACAUGUUCACAUUGAUGGACACUGAUAAAGAUGGCAAAGUAACUCAUGAGGAAUUAAAGACUGGUCUUCAAAAGGUUGGUUUGCAGUUGGCUGAAGCAGAGGUUAAGAUGCUGAUGGAAGCUGAUGUUGAUGGGAAUGGAUUUCUGGAUUAUGCAGAGUUCGCAGCAGUUACAAUUCACUUGCAAAAAUUGGAGAAUGAUGAACAUCUCUGGAGAGCAUUUAUAUUCUACGACAAGGAUGGAAGUGAGUAUAUUGAUUUAGUUGAGCUAAGGCAAGCAUUGGCAGAUAUGCCACUUUCAACCCACCUCUUCUCUUUGAUGGCACUCCCAGAGUCGUUAUCUCAGAAGUGGAAGGAGCUGAUGGGGAUGGCUUGCUCAAAGCAACUUCAGCCCCAUGAGUACAGCUCAGGUCUUCAUCAUUGA